UGGUCGGUGUCCUCUGUCUGUUGAUACGAACGGGCCCGACGACGCGGCUGCCUUCAAAAGUUGAAUAGUUUGAUUUUUUGAACUUUCAAAUAUUUUUACUUUUCAGUAUACUGAAAGCCAUUUACUUUGUACUGACAAUUUAGUUGGCAAUAGGCGGUUUAAUAUUAGAAUCAGAUUAAGUUGAAUACUCUGUUUUUGACACGACCAACCUAAAAGCCCAAAGGUGAGAUUACUGAUUAGUUCAGUUGGAGUUUGGACAUCCUCAGAGUAUUAAUCGUGAAACAAGUUUUAUUCUGCUCAAUAUUCAAUAUGAAUUUGAAAUUCUGUGCCAAUUUAUCAUUCAUGUACCAAGAAGCAAAUUGUCUUCUGGAGAGAUACAAUUUGGCUGCUAAAUCGGGUUUUACUUCUGUCGAAUGUGCAUUUCCAUACUCAGAUACUUUGGAAAAAGUCGUACAAGCGAAAAUAAAUGCUAAUGUACAACAAAUCUUGAUAAACGCACCUAGAGGUGAAGCCCAAGAACUAGGAUUUGCUGCAAUUCCAAGCAUGGAGGAUAGGUUUCGUUCAUCUAUUGACUUGGCUGUAUCUUAUGCAAAAGCUUUGAACUGUUCCAAGAUUCAUGUGAUGGCUGGCAUAGUCGUUCAACCAACAGAAGUCAAUCACGAGGCUUAUGAAAAAAAUUUAACUUAUGCAGCACAAAUCUUUGAAACUAAAGGCAUUAUAGGUUUAAUUGAGCCAAUCAAUAAAUAUUCUGCUCCAGGGUAUUAUUUAAAUUCAUAUGAACGAGCAAUUGAUGUUCUGAACAAAGUUAAUAGCCCUAAUUUGAAGCUACAGUUAGAUAUAUUCCAUUUACAACAGAUCAAAGGAGACCUAACGAAUAACAUUAAGAGAUUGUUACCUCAUGUAGGGCAUAUUCAAUUGGCUCAAGUUCCUGCACGUAACGAACCAAAUACACCUGGUGAAAUAGAUUAUAAUUAUAUUUUUCAACUAUUAGAAGAACUGAACUAUAGUGAAUGGAUCGGGUUAGAAUAUAACCCUAAAGGCGAUACUGACAAAGGUUUAUCAUGGUUAAGGGAUAUAAAAAGAAGUGUAACAUUUUAAUGAGAAAUAUUUUAAAAAGUACAUUACAACUUACAAGCAUUUAAAAAAAUAAAUUAACAAUACACUUAAAUUUAUUCUAUAAUCCAGAGCAUAUUUACUCCAGUCUUUCCAAGGUUGACACUCUCCAACAAUCCAUUUUCAGUCGUUUUGAUGUGAUGUAGGAACAAUAAAACUGUAUA